AAUGAGCUCACUGCAGAGGACGCGCCAAGGAGUAACAAAUAUAUUUACAAUUUAAUUAUAAUUUUUUAAAAAGGCAUUUAUCCAAUUUCUCCAACGUUUCUCUCUACGAUUUUCAAAUUCCACUUCCCGCGUGUUUUCGCCUUGCAGUCCCAAAUCUUGAACGAAAUUUGUGUUUUUGGCAUCGCAACAGUUGUUCUUUGCAGUUUCUUCGUUCUCAGUUUCUCUGGGAAGCCAAACGGACUCAUGGAGGCUCUUUAUAAGAAGCUCUACGACAAGUACACUAAACUCAAGACAAAAAAAUUGUCAGACUUUGAUCAGUUCAAUAAGGAUCAAGAAGUAAAAUUUUUGAAUUAUGUAUCUGCUGCAGAGGAGUUGAUUCAACAUUUAAAAAGUGAAAAUGAUAGGUUGCGUCUCCAGGUUAAUGAAUUGAGAGAUGAAGUAGCUUCGACCAGGUCCAGCAUGGAUGCAAAAUGUGUUGAUUAUCAGAAGCUAUUAAUGGAAGAGAAUCAAAGGAAUAGCACUCUUUCUGAAGAAGUUGAGAAGCUUCGGAAACUUCGGCAGGAGGGGGAUUUUGGUGGUUUAAACAACGGAAUAAGCAAGGAACUGCACACGCCUAGCGGCCCCCAAUCUGUAUCUGGAGAAGUUUCGAAAGGACCAUCUGGAGGAACUACAAGAAGAAAGCGUGCCAGGGAUGCUACACAAGUGACCGAUGAAUUCAGAAUAGUUAAUGCAAGUGCUCAAGUUGAUCCCACUCAAAGGCAAUCAACAAGUGAACCGCCCGAGAAAGCUGCAUCCAGCGAGGUUGCCAAUAUGCAGCUGGGUUGCUGCGGAAGCAAAGAUGGCAGAGUAAAUGAUUGUGUUUCCACCAACUGCCCAUACCAAUGCCUUGUAGAGCACAUGAUGGGCAUGGAAGUAUCAACCACCAACCGAAAUGAAGGAAUAUGUAUAUCAGCAUUUCAUAAAUCAAGUGGUUACUCAUUCAGUCUCACGUGGGUAAAUAAAUUGGCUGGAGAAACAGAAAUCCUGUAUCGUGCCUUAUCUCUGGGUACGUUCGAGAGGGUAGCCCCAGAAUGGAUGAAGGAGGCCAUCAUAUUCAGCACAAGUAUGUGCCCAACUUUCUUCGAGAAGGUAACAAAAGUCAUCAAGCUGCAGUGCUAAUAAAAAGCAUGUCUAGUGCUUUCUAAUCCCAUUUAGGCAUUCAAGUUAGUUUCUCCUUGCUAAAUGAACUUGAACAGUGAGCAAGCUAACAAAAACUGCUUGCUUGACUGUUUUGCAAACUCAUGUAUAAAUUGCCUCUGGAAAUACCCAUUUGGUAGUUUAGUAUCAUCAAAAAAA